CUUCUCUUCAUGCUUUGAUUCUCUCUUCAAUCCUUAAUUUCGAUAUGAGUUUGAUUCAACCCAAUCAUGACGACUCAGAGAUUGGUCCGAGUAGAGAAGGAGUGGAAGCGCCACCACGAGAAGAAAGGGAGAGUGAACCAGACGGCGAACAAGACGGCGAUGGAGUUCAAGCGCCACCGCGAGAAUAAAGGGAGAGUGAACCAGACGGCAAACCAGACGGCGAUGGAGUUCAAGCGCCACUGCGAACCAAACUUGAGAGUGUAAUAGAUGAAGUUAUCCGAGAUCAAACUCAAGCGGAGCAAGGCGAAAGACAUUCAAUUGUCCCAGAUGAUGUAUAUUUUUCAACGAGUGGUGCUGCAGGUCGAGGUUCGGGUCGAGCUUCUGGUGGAGCUUCUUCACGUCGGAGGAAGAGAAAGAGAAAGAGAAAUAGAAGUGAAGAAGAUGAGUUUGAGGCUCCGGUAGAAGAACCCCCAAUUGUUGAUAGUGAGGAUGAUUGUGCAGUGUAUGGUGACAACGAUAUGGAUAAGGAUGAUGAAGGAGGUGAAGAUAAUCCUACAAAUGAAGCUGACAAUGGUGUAGGUGUUGAAGAAGAUGGUAACCUCAACAUUUAGGACGACUUCCCAGAGGCUGUUCGAGCAGAUGAUUAAGCUGGAUCCGAUGAUGAGAGUGGUGAUGAUAUUUGGGAUGAAGAUAGGAUUCCAGAUCCUCUGUCUGAUGAUGAAGAAGACCAUGAAGACAUAGAGAACGAGGAUGGAUAUGUAGCUCCUAGAGAUGUUGAAGAUCCAGAGGGUUUGCUUGCUUUGGAGAAGACUUUCAAGUCUUCAGAAGACUUCAAGCUUGCAGUCUUAAGGUACUCCUUAAAGACUAGGUAUGGCAUUAAAUUAUAUAGGUCUCAAGCUCUGAAGGUUGGUGCAAAAUGUUGUUAUGUUGAUGAGGAUGGGAUUAAAUGUCCUUGGAGAGUCUCUUGCUCAUAUGAGAGGAGGAAACAUAAGAUGCAAAUCAAGGUUUAUAUCAAUGAGCAUAGAUGUGUUAGGUCAAGGUAUACAAAGAUGUUGAAGCGGUCUUCUAUUGCUUAUUUGUUUGAGGAAAGGCUCAGAUUGAAUCGCAAGAUUACCAUGAAUGAGAUGGUUGCUGAGAUUAAACGAGAGUACAACUUUGAAGUGACUCCAGAUCAGUGUGCGAAGGCGAAGACCAAGGUUCUACAUAGUUUUAGGGCGAGCCAUGAGUCACAGUUUGAAAGAAUAUGGGAUUAUCAAGCUGAGGUAUUAAAGCAAAAUCCAAACUCCGAGUUUGAGAUAGAGACAGUACCGGGGCCAGUAAUUGGAAGCAAGCAGAGGUUUUAUCGUCUCUAUAUUUGUUUCAAAUCACAGAAAGAGAGCUGGAAACAAACUUGUAGACUGAUAAUAGGAUUAGAUGGAGCCGUUCUGAAAUGGGAUAUAAAAGGGCACCUUUUAUCUGCAGUUGGAAGAGAUGGGGAUAAUAGAAUUGUUCCUAUUGCUUUGGCGAUUGUAGAAAUAGAAAAUGAUGAUAACUAGGAAUGGUUUGUGAAGAAUCUCUCUAAGAGUUUGGGUCUUUGCACAAUGACAGAUCUAGCUAUCAUUUCUGAUAAACAACAGGGCCUAGUGAAAGCUAUACAUGGAGUACUUCCAAAUGCUGAGCAUCGACAGUGUGCAAAACAUAUCAUGGAGAAUUGGAAGAAGGACAGCCAUGAUAUGGAACUUCAACGCCUGUUUUGGAAGAUAGCUAGGGCUUAUACCAUAGGAGAGUUCAAUGCCCGCAUGGAAGCUCUUAAACAGUACAAUCCGCUAGCUUACACUUCUCUACAAGUUACUAAUCCGCAAACUUGGUCUAGAGCUUUCUUUAGAGUUGGUACUUGCUGCAAUGAUAACCUCAACAAUCUUAGUGAGUCUUGUAAUAGGACUAUUAGACAAGCUAGGAGGAAGCCUUUGCUAGAUUUUCUAGAGGACAUCCGGAGGCAAUGCAUGGUCAGAAAUGCAAAGAGAUUUAUAAUUGCAAACAGGCUGAAGACAAGGUUUACAAAGAGAGCUCAUUGUGAAAUUGAGAAGAUGAUAGCUGGGGCAGGAAAUUGUUCAAGAUACUUGGCCAUAAACAACUUCCAUGAGAUAGAUGAGAAUGAUGUUACUUAUUCUGUUGAUAUGGACAAGCGUACUUGUGGUUGCAGGAAAUGGCAGAUGGUUGGAAUCACAUGUAUUCAUGCUGCAAGUGUGAUAAUUGGAGAAAGGGAGAAGGUUGAGAACUAUGUUGUUGAGUAUUACACACAGAAGAGGUGGGUAGAGACAUAUAGAGAUGGUAUUAGGCCUGUCCAAGGGAUGCCUUUGUGGCCUAGAAUGAAUAGGUUGCCUGUUUUGCCACCAUCAUGGAGAAGAGGUAAUCCGGGAAGACCUUCUACCUAUGCUAGGAGGAAAGGUCGAAAUGAAUCUUCCUCUUCUUCAACAAACAAGAUGUCAAGGGCAAAGAGGGUGAUGACAUGUUCUAACUACAAAGAAGAAGGUCACAACAAGGCUGGUUGUAAACAUCCAACAGUUGCGAAUCCACCAAAGAGACCAAGAGGUUGACCAAAGAAAUAUGAAGAAGUAGAAGCUUCACAAGGAGAUGGUUCACAAGCUUCACAAGGGCAAGGAGCAUCACAACCUCAAAGAGCAUCACAACCUCAAAGAGCAUCACAACCUCCUAGAGCAUUGCAAAGACAACCUCCUAGAGCACCACAAAGACAACCUCCUAGAGCAUCACAAACAGAAGUUCAGGGAUCACAACCCCAAGGAGAAUCACAAGGAGAGCAUCACGGAUCACAACCCCAAGGAGAAUCACAAGGAGAACCUCAAGGACUUGCUCGAUUUGCUUCAUGGUUUGAGUGUUCACAACCUCAAGGUCACGGUUCCACCUAGAUUUGUGUUCUCUUGUUACCUAAUAUAUGUUGUAUGGUUUUCUCUGAACUUAAGUAAUCUAUGUUGCCUUGUUUUUUAAAAUUUCUUGAACUUAAAGAACCUACUCUGUGUAUGGUGUUCUCUUCUUUUAGGUCUUGUCUUCUUUGAACUUAAAAACCUAAUCUAUGUAUGGUGUUCUCUUCUUUUAGGUCUUGUCUGCUUUUAAUCAA